AUGGUCAAGAUCAACACGGAUGCAUCCUUUUGUGAAAAAGCAGUAGCAGGUGGCUGGGGUAUUAUCUGCAGAGAUGAAACGCCGGAUGUCCGGUUUGCAGCAGCUGGCGGUAAACAUGACUGCUCGGAUGCUCUUCACGCUGAAACUUAUGCUCUUCUACAUGCCAUCUCUCUGGCUGAUCGUUUGGGUGUUGGACGUGUUGUUUUUGAAACAGACUGCCUCGUGCUCAAACAAGCUGUGACAUCUACAGCCUAUAACCUGGCACCCUUAGGAAUCAUGUUCAGCGAUAUUAAGUUCAAGCUUAGCACUCUUUUUAUAGAGGCCUCUGUAGUCUAUGUUCCAAGAUCUUGUAACAAGCCAGCACAUGUGUUGGCUUCUACGGGUGCAGGUUUAGCUCAUGAUGAACAUUGUGAAUGGUUCACAAGCUACCCUGAAGAUGUAAUCAGUGCGGUGACCGGCGAUUUGGCCGUGUCGUAA